UUUCGAACCUUGAUAACGAAAGUAAAAUCCAUCCAAACAGGCUUGUAAUCCGAACGCUGGGUUUAGUUUCAAUUCAGCGCCAGUCCAGGUUGAAUAAAUUUCUCCACGUCUAUUGCUUUCCGGCGGUUUGAAAAUUUUUUAAGAUGUGAUUUUUUCAAUUUUAAUUACAAUUCGAAGUGUACCCUAACGCCGGCCCGUUUCGUGUUUUUGUUUUUAAUCUUGUCUCGGGGUUAACUGCGUGCCAUUAUGUUUUCGGUGUUUACCCGGUUCAAAGGGUUAUUUGUGAUUUUCAUCGUGUUCGUACAGUUUCAAACAUGUUUCCUACAGUCGCACUGGAAAUCCCAAAAACGAUCAGCUGAAGCUAAUGCGAGUGAGGUUCCGAAAAACAAAGCAGCAGCGUCAAUCCUCACCCAUCAAUUACAGCGAAGACUUUUACCAAAAACCGAGAUGCAGCAGAAAGCGCAAAACACCUCAUUAAAUACCAAAAAAUCGAAUAGAAUUAACGACGUUGACGAAAUCGGUGGAAAUGAGAUCAAUCGAGUAUCAGAUUUGAACAAUUUCAUCGAUGAUCUGCCAAUUAGCGAUGAUGCUGCUAGACAAGGUGAAUGCACCAAUUGCGGCGCAGAUGACAGCUCAUCCUCGAGUAAAUGCACAAUGCCGUUACCAUUACUCAAGUCAGGGGAAAAACGAUAUUAUAUAGGAACAUUUUUCAAAGCUAAUUGGUACAGAGCCGCUCAAUACUGCAGAUAUCAUGGAAUGCAACUCGCCAGUAUUUCCAAUCAAGAAGAAAAUGAUAAAUUAGAAAAAUACGUCACCGAUUACGGGUUUGGAUUUGAACACUUCUGGACAUCAGGGACUGAUCUAGCCGAAGAAGGAUCAUUCUUCUGGAUGGCCAAUGGUAAACCUUUUGUAUUCACCAACUGGAACUCUGGAGAACCGAAUAACUUCAAGUAUGAAAAUGGGGAAGAGGAGCACUGCAUGGAGCUAUGGAACAGAGAUGGCAAAGGAUUAAAAUGGAACGAUUCGCCUUGUUCUUUCGAAACGUAUUUUAUUUGUGAAAUGUAGACUGCAAUCAAUAUUAUUGAAGAAACGCCUGCUCGGAGAAUAACGUUUUCUUUUUUUUUUUGUACAUUAUUGUAAAAUACCUAGGUACCUACAUAAUUAUAUAAAUUUACCUCAAUCACUGUGUAUUCUGCACCAUCUGUGCCCAAAAAUUAUUAUAUUAAUUAUUUAUAUGAUUCUGAAUUUUGAAUGUUACCGUUUUACAUAGGUUUUCGGCUGUAAAACGAUAGAUUAUGGCCAGAUAGUUUAUUAUUAGUACGUGUAGAUAAAUUGUACAUAGUUAUAAGAUGCGAUUUUAUUUUUUUUUUAGCAAAUUUCAUUGGAUUGCUAAUGUUACCUCAAAGUUUUUUUUUAUGAAUUAAAGAAUUUUAAAAAGA